AUGAACUCUGGAGAAGAUGAGGUCGCUGCCCUCGUUAUUGAUAACGGAUCCGGCAUGUGCAAAGCUGGUUUCGCAGGCGAUGACGCUCCAAGGGCCGUGUUCCCCUCCAUUGUUGGCCGUCCCCGCCACCAGGGUGUAAUGGUUGGAAUGGGCCAGAAGGACUCUUAUGUCGGAGAUGAGGCACAGUCCAAGAGAGGAAUCCUGACUCUCAAGUAUCCUAUUGAGCACGGCAUCGUCACCAACUGGGAUGAUAUGGAGAAGAUCUGGCACCACACUUUCUACAAUGAGCUCCGUGUUGCCCCUGAGGAGCAUCCUGUUCUUCUCACUGAGGCUCCUCUGAACCCCAAAGCCAACAGGGAGAAGAUGACACAGAUUAUGUUCGAAACAUUCAACGCUCCUGCCUUCUACGUUGCCAUUCAAGCUGUCUUGUCUCUUUAUGCGUCUGGUCGUACUACCGGUAUUGUGCUCGAUUCUGGUGAUGGUGUUACCCACACUGUUCCCAUUUACGAGGGUUUUGCUCUCCCGCAUGCCAUUCUCCGUUUGGAUCUCGCUGGCCGUGAUUUGACCGACUACCUUAUCAAGAUUCUCAUGGAACGCGGAUAUACUUUCACUACCACUGCCGAACGCGAAAUCGUCCGAGACAUUAAGGAGAAGCUCUGUUAUGUUGCGUUGGAUUUCGAUCAGGAAAUGCAGACGGCAGCGCAGAGCUCUGCUCUGGAGAAGAGCUAUGAGCUUCCCGAUGGCCAGGUUAUCACGAUUGGCAACGAGCGGUUCCGAACGCCCGAGGCCCUGUUCCAGCCCGCCUUCCUCGGUCUCGAAGCUGCUGGCAUCCAUGAGACCACCUACAAUUCCAUCUUCAAGUGUGAUCUGGACAUCCGUAGAGACUUGUAUGGCAAUGUUGUCCUGUCUGGUGGUACCACCAUGUACCCCGGAAUCGCGGACCGCAUGCAAAAGGAACUGACCGCCCUGUCCCCUUCGAGCAUGAAGGUCAAGAUCGUGGCUCCUCCUGAGCGCAAGUACUCAGUCUGGAUUGGUGGCUCUAUCCUGGCCUCGCUGAGCACCUUCCAAAAUCUGUGGGUCUCCAAACAGGAAUACGAUGAGUCUGGACCUGGUAUUGUGCAUCGCAAGUGCUUCUGA